GCAAUAUACAUAAUUCAUAAAUAAUUAAAUUUAAUUAUGAAGAAUUAAGGAGUCUUUGAUCCAACAGCUUUGGAAAGAGCAGCACAUGUAUUUUAUAUAAAACUAUGAAAUCAGGCCUUACGCGAGUUAAAUUAAUCACCACAUGCUGCAAAAGCACUUGAAGCUAUGAUUAAAACUGAAGAAGCUAAAAAAGCUGAAAAACAAGCAUUGCAAAAAUAACAUGAAAUUUAAAAGGUUAAAGUAGAAGGAGAAGAGAGAAGAAAAAAUAUGGAUCAUUAAAAAUAAGUUAAUUAAUAGAUAGCAGAUUAUAAUGAUAAAUUAGAAAGAGAUAGAACAAAAGAUAAAUUAAAAGAGAAAGAGCUAACAGCAUAAAGAAUGAGAGAAGAAUCUGAAGAAUCUAUUAGAAGGUAAGAAAAUAUGAGAAGAGAAACAUUAACAAUGUAAAUGAAAAAAUAAUUUGAAUUAGAGGAAAAGAAAAUUACUUUGUAGUCUAAAUUAAAUGCUGAAAACUAUAGAAAGAACUUUGAUUUAAUUAUUUAAGAGUAAGAAAAGAAAGCUUAAAUAGAAAAAUAAGCUAAAAUUGAGUUGCAUAACCUUUAUUUUCUUAAAUUUUAAGAGGGAUUUCAAUAUUUAUAAUAGAAUCCUUAAGGUCUAUUAACAAUAGCGAAAGUAAUGUUGUUUGUUAGUGGUGCCUUUUUCUUCAGUAAGUAUAGUUUAGGACUUGGAUUUAAGCGUUUAGAAGCAAUGCUAACAAAACCAAGUUUAGUUAGAGAGACUUCUCGUCGUUCAUUAAAAUGGAUGAUGCCUAGCUCUAAACGUAUAUUUGAUAAAAUUGUUUUAAAUCCUGAAUUAGAAGUAACACUUAAAUUAAUAACAUCUGGAUUUAUUGCUAAAUAAAGUUAAUCAGCUCCUUUAAGAAAUCUAUUAUUUCAUGGUUAACCAGGAACUGGUAAAACUUUAUUUGCAAAAUUACUUGCUUAUAAUUCAGGUCUCCAUUUUGCAGUAAUUUCUGGUGGAGAUAUUGAAAAAUUAGGAGAAUAGGCUGUUCCUGAAAUUGAUAAAUUAUUCUCUUGGUGUUAAUCUACUCCAAAAGGAACACUUAUAUUUAUUGAUGAAGCUGAAGCUAUUUUUUAUAAAAGAAGUUCUUCUAAAUAAACAUCUGCUGCAUUAUCUACAUUUUUAGCUCAGACUUCAGCUGCAUCAAAGAAAUAUUCAUUAAUUUUAGCUACUAAUUUACCAAAAAAAUUAGAUGAAGCAAUUUUAGAUAGAAUUGAUCAAAUAGUUAAAUUUGAUUAUUUAAAUGAAGAAUAAAGAGUUAAAUUAUUAAAAAAAGGAUUUGAAGAUACUUUUCAAAAAAGUAGUUUUAUUUCUUUGAUUUUAAAUCCAGCAAAAGCAUUUUCAAAAAGAUUCAAAGUAAAUUUCAAUUUAUCUAAUGAUGAAAUUUAAUCAUUAGCUAAAAAAAUGGAACACUUUUCUCCUAGAUAGAUUGAUAAAUUUAUUAUUUCAUUGUAUGAUGCAGCAUUAGGUUAAUGUAUAAUUGAUAGGCAAAAUCAAUAUUGUGUUGAUAUAGCAUUUGCUAAUAGUAUAUUAGAAAGAUCUCUUUAUGAAAAUUCACUAAGAUAAGAAUGGUCUGCAUAAAUUUGA